UUUUUACGCUUUUACUCCGCUCGUUUCUGCUCCAGGCGGGAUCAUUGAUCGUGUUUCGGGUCUUUCUGAGGCGCUGAGACCCCGAACUGCGCCCCCGUCUCCGGUUAUCGCCCGGGUUAGCGCGAUUAGCUGGGGUGCUAAAGCUAAAGCCCUGCAGUCUCCGCGUUAUUAAUGUUUGUUUGUAUUAAUGUUUAUGAUUAUCUUCACUAAUAUUAGUAUUAAUUCAUAUUGUAUAUGCAGACAUAUUUAUGCUGUUUAGUCCGUGGGUUGUGGAUUUUCUCUGUGUUUGUUUACGUGCGUGUCUGAAUGGCUGCGGUUGUUUGUUUCUGUUUAUUUGUUUACUGUGUGUAUGAAAGGCUGCAGAGCGGUCUUUGUGAUUUAAAAGCUGUCUGCUUUUAUGAUCCAGUCCCUCAGAUCAGAUUUAGCUGCUACGCUAUUUAAGGUGGAACGGAGAGUUAGAACAAGCUGCCUCGUGCUGCUUUAAACCGAGUCAUCGUUUUUUGUACCAAAACGACCGGGUUUCAUUUUUAUAUCACCGGUUUCCAGCCUUUCUUUAGCCCACUGAAACAAACCGCCUUAGAGCUGGUAUGUAAAUGAGCUCUGUUCUGAUUGGCUGCUCCUUACUUUUAAAAUGCUUUCUGGACUGAAACACUCCUUGUAAUGUUGGUGUGGGCGGGGCUAAAUGCUGAGUGGGUGUGGUCUUGUUGUUCCUGCUGAUGUUCAGACGAGGAAGACUUUGAAUGGGAGCCUCCCACUGAGGCGGAGAUGAAGGUGAUCCAGGCCCGCAGGGAGCGCCAGGACAAAAUCAGCAAGCUGAUGGGAGAUUACCUGCUCAAAGGCUAUAAAAUGCUGGGGGAGUGCUGCGAGCUGUGCGGGACGAUUCUUCUUCAGGACAAACAGAAGAAGAAUUACUGUGUUGCAUGUCAAGAGCUGGACUCGGACGUUGACAAAGACAACCCAGCUCUAAAUGCGCAGGCGGCUCUGUCGCAGGUGCGCGAGCGUCAGCUGGCCAUUCAGCCCCACCCCCAGGCUAACGGAGCUCCGCCCACCGAACCACCGCUCUCCAUCACAGGCCUUCCCCGGCCGGAGCACUGCGAGGGUGCGGCCUCAGGACUCCGAGCCCCACCCCCUUCACAGCCCCCUACGGUCCCCACCCCCUCUGGCAGCCCUGCCUUCCUGCUGCCCACCGGCACCACCCUGCAGACCGCCUCGCCCCCUGCCGGACCACCUCCCACCCACCCGGCCCUCAUGCACGCUGAGGAGGCGGUGCUGCACAAACUGCGCUGGGCCACGCAGGAGCUACAGCAGGCUGUCUCCGUGGAAACCAGCAUCCAGCUGUGCAGCCUCAUCCGCACCUGCGCAGACUCUCUCCGCAGCCUCAGAGAGCUGCGACUGUCCUGAAAGACAACCAGAAAUUGAGGCCAGCUGUGUCCACCUGCGCACAGCGUUCAGUCGCCUGUAUGACAGCAGUCACCUGUCCGAGUCCUGGACAUCCACCUUCUACAAAGCUCAGCCCUGAUCAGCCUCACCUGGAGCGCCUGGAGCCCCGUCUGCACAGCACAGUUGAUUAUCUUGGACAAUAAACCCAGAAAAGUAGUGAUGCUAUAGACGUGGACGAUGGAGAUAAAUAAUUAAAUAUGAUAAGCAGAAGAUUCUGGUUCCAUAGGAUAAAAAAUGCUGCAGUAGUUCUUUAAGCCAAAAAAUGAAGCGUCUAGUAGCAGAAAAGCCGAGUGGCGUUCCUGUCCGGUGGUCCUCUGCGGCUUUGGGCGUAAAGGAGCAGCUCAGACGAGAGCUGGUGUUGCUGACGGUGAAUGAGCGCGAGCUGCUGGUUCACGUUCGUUGUUGGCCACGUUAGCGUUCUUGGUUGAGCUGCUUCUUUGUCAGUUUGACGUUCCUGCGUCUGUGUUUAGCUCCUGAGGGGUUUUAGGAGCUGGAAGGUGAAUCUUCAUGAAGAGGUCUGGUGACCGCCGCUGUACGACCCCUGCAGAGCCGGUUUGGACGCUGAACGUGACCCGUCAUGUUGUGCGUUUACUGGAACUUGUUGCUUGUUUGUGUUUGUGUUCAGGCCUGUUUGAGUGGAAGAGUCGUCAGGAAUUAAAGUUCUGGAUGAAAAAAACA